AUGUUUGUUGUUUUCAACAAACAAACUUAUAAGCUAGCUGAUGAGGCCGAAGCGAACUCAAUGGACGAAGAAGAGAAGAGGGAGGCGUUGCUGAGGAGGGGGGUUUACUUUGAGAACUGUCCUGGUUGCAAGCUUGACGAGAAGAAGGAUGCCAACGUGGGGCAUCCGUACAAAGAGUACUUUUACGUGUGGACCGUCUGCCUCUGUGCUGGUUUACCAAUAGCAUCGUUGUUUCCGUUUUUGUACUUCAUGAUAAGGGACUUACAUAUUGCCGAAAGAGUCGAAGAUAUUGGGUUUUAUGCAGGCUUUGUUGGUAAAAUACAUGUUUCCUAUGUUAAAGGCGCGUCAUUCAUGUUCGGGAGAGCUUUGACUUCUGUAGUCUGGGGAGUAAUAGCUGAUAGAUGGGGAAGGAAACCUGUGAUAAUAAUUGGCCUCAUUUCAUUGAUUAUAUUUAACACCCUCUUUGGAUUGAGCGUAAAUUAUUGGAUGGCAAUUGCUACCAGAUUUCUUCUUGGAGCUUUGAAUGGUAUACUUGGUCCGAUAAAGGCAUACGCGGUAGAAAUUUGUCGACCAGAGCAGCAAUCUAUCGCACUAUCACUGGUCAGUACAGCAUGGGGCAUAGGUCUCGUUAUUGGUCCAGCUGUUGGAGGCUUCUUAGCGCUGCCUGCAGAGAAAUUUCCAGGUAUUGUUUCUGAAGAAUCCUUUCUUGGGAGGUUUCCUUACUUCUUGCCGUGCUUCAUUAUAUCACUCUUUUCUUUUGGAGUACUCAUUGCCUGUUAUUGGCUUCCAGAAACAGUGCACAAUCAUCCUGGAUACAAAACAGCCAAUGGAACAAUCGAACCUCUGGAGCCAUCUCCUCAUGACUCUGAUAUGAGAGAAAAGGAUGUAGAAGGUGAAGGAAGGGCUCAACCUAAUACAGAAAAUCUUCUUACAAAUUGGCCACUAAUGUCAUCAAUCAUUGUAUAUUGCGUUUUUUCUCUUCAUGAUACAGCCUACACCGAGAUCUUCUCCCUAUGGGCUGAGAGUGACAGAAAAUUUGGAGGGUUAAGUUUUUCAUCUGAGGAUGUUGGCGAGGUUCUGUCAAUCUCGGGUUUCAGUCUUCUAGUAUUUCAACUGUUUCUUUACCCACCAGCAGAGAGACUCCUCGGGCCCAUAAAUUUGUGUCGUGUUGCAGCAGCUAUUUCUAUUCCAUUACUUGCCAUGUAUCCCUUUAUGCCUAAGUUGUCAGGAGUUGUGCUUUCAGUAGUAGUGAAUUGUGCAUCCUUGUUGAAGAACGUUCUUUCGACGAUUAUCAUUACUGGAAUGUUCAUGUUGCAAAACAAUGUGGUGUCUCAGCGGCAAAGAGGAGCUGCAAAUGGUAUUGCGAUGACUGGAAUGUCUAUUUCCAAAGCUAUUGCCCCAGCAGGUGCAGGUGUAAUAUUUUCAUGGGCACAAAAGCGCCAAUAUUCUCCCUUUUUACCAGGGGAUCAAAUGGUUUUCUUCAUAUUGAUCACAACGGAGUUGAUAGGCCUCAUCAUGACCUUCAAACCCUUUCUAGCAAUAAAAUGAUGAAAUGCAAACAUCGAUACAUAUGCACGAUAGAGCUCAAGGCACAAAUCUGCCUCAAUGUGAUGUAGUAGAUUGGUGGGCUUUCAAUUGUUGUAUGGACUUGUUUCUGCUUCAAUAAUAGCCGAUUGAGUUUUUCAAUU